CGGAUUCCAAGAGGGCAAAUAAAAUCACACAUCAAGAAUAUAUCUGACCCGCACCUGAGUAAGCUAAGUGCCUGCAUUGACGCGUCUCGGCACUACGCCGACAAUAAUGCCAGAUGGUGGCUAGCGCGGCCUCGACACGCGAGCCGCACUGGAGCGAGGUCGCGUUUUUUGUCUUGCCCAUCAGGCUCACGGUGUUUGCAAACGCGCUGCUCACCCUGGUUUUCGGCGUCAUAUUGCUUUCCGCCCGACAUUCGUGGCACCUCUAUUUCCUCGGUGGCGGGUACACCUACCAAGCCUCGACCGCCUUGGGCAUCGAAAAUUUCGUCGCCAUCCUGGUUGGCCUACUGGGCAUCAACGCAGCAUGGCGAAACCGUUCGGACUUCCACUUUACCUUCCUGCUCUUCGGUCUGUACCGUUUCGUCAACCUCUGCACGUGUGCCGUUCUGGACUUCUCGCUCAUAGCAACCUGUGAAGAAUGGAUUACGGACAUACAAGGACAGAUUGAUCAGCACGGCUUUUCGCAGACCAUGUACUGAUAGAUAUGCACCACUGAUGUCGCUGUUAGUUUUUAACAUCUUUACUGUCGUAGUCCGAUUUUUCAAUGAUAAAAAUGAUUUUUACAACUCUCGGCAAAGAACUGUUGCCCGACAGACACCAGAUUUCUCGAGACUCCGAAAAACUUCCAGGUUUCGCAUUUCUUUCGAGGGUCGGUGCGGAGAGGAGCGUCGGAACUACAUGCUGGCGACCUAUUCCAUGAUCGUGUUGUACGCUUACCUGUUCUGGGUCUCUAUCAAAUACCACCGCGAGCUGCAAAGACGCCCGGAUUACCUGUUCGAGAAAAGACCCGACGAGCUGGCAUAUUACACCCUGGGAAAAAACUUCCCGGUUGCUGCGCGAAGCUAG